AUGAGCUCCCGAUCGGGUCCGCGGAGCGUCAGUGACGCCACGCGCUUCACCUCCACGACUCCACAACCCAAGUCUAAAACUUCGGCGGCGGCCAAUGCUGGCCCCGUUGGCGAGACCCUCGAGCAGCGAGUUGCUCGGUUAAGAGCAGCGCAUUUGGCGGCAAGGAACGCGCCGAUCUCGAGGUAUGAUCGUAUCACGGAGGGCGGUAGGAAGGUGUUUGAUGUGAUGCACAAGGCGACGCUGGCCGGCCUUAUCGGAUUCACUGUGAUCGCCGGCGUGUUCAGCGUCUACGCCGUCAUGGACAUGCUCAAAUACAACCGCAAGCGCCGCGAAGACUUCAUGGAAGCCCAGAGGCGAAUCGAGCACGACGCCCUCGACUCCGCGCGCCUCGCCUUCCUCAACGGCAGCGCCACCGAGGAGCAGGCCCGCCUCGUCGAAGAAGCCAUCCGCGAGGCCGACCGGACGGGCCAGAGGCUGCCCCCGCUCCUCUCCGGACCCGCAGACCGGCGUCUCCCCGCCAAGGCCGAGGAGCUCCGAAACAAGGUCAGGGGCGCGUUCGAACAGGAAAAGGCGAAUCAGCGGAAUGGUGGGCCCCUGGAUCAACUAGGUCUGGAGACUGGCGCGGCAAAGCAGGGCUCCGGCAAGAGCUGGUGGAAGCCUUGGUGA